AUGGAAAUUGAAGGCACAUCUCAACCACUACCAUGUCAACUUACUUUCGAAGAAAGUUCACAUCAACCAACUAUGAAUGAAAGUUGUAAUCCGUUAGUUAAUGUUUCCACACCAAAUGAAACUGUGCAAACACCUUAUGAUGAGACAAAUGACAAUAUGACAGAUGAAAUAACCGAAGAUCGUUCCAAUAGACUUAAAAGUAUUGUAUGGGAUCGUUUUACAAAGGUCAAAGUUGAUGGAAAAGAAAAAGCUAAAUAUAAUUAUUGCAAGAAAUUUCUUGGUGGGAGAGCAAGAGAUGGGACGUCACACUUGCGCGGACAUAUGAAAAUACAUACUCCACGUUUGUCUACCAUGGGACAAACAUUUCUUACAGCUAAGGUCUUGCAAGGUAAAAAAGAGUUGGGGACUGGAAUAUAUGAUGCUUUAAAUGCUAGGAAAGAGCUUGCACGUGCAACUAUUUUGUAUGAAUAUCCACUUUCAAUAGUUGAGCAUGUUGGUUUUAGGAGAUACUCAGCCUCUCUCCAACCAUUAUUUCAAGUUCCUUGUAGAAAUACUAUAAAAAAAGAGAUAUUAAAAGUGUAUCAAGUUGAGAAAACCAUAAUUUUGAAGUUGUUAGAAACUCUCCCACAAAGAGUGGUCAUUACUUCUGACAUGUAG